UUUUCCCCUUUGAAUUUCUACUCAUGAAAAUUGUCUACAAAAAUGAAGUGUUGGAGCAGUAUUCAAUUGUUGAUGACAUUUGGAGUGUUCCACGUCGUUCUACAGUACCCCAACGGUAUUCAAGUGAAUGCGUUCAAGCCUUACAAACAAGUAAAGUUCUAUCUGUACACUCCUAAAAAUCCGACGACACCUCAACGACUAAAAUUUAAUCACCAGAACACUGUCGAACACUCCAAUUUCGACUCGUCCCUUCCCACCCGGUUCAUAAUCCACGGCUAUCUUUCAGACGGCAAUGCCGAUAUUAACAUCAAAAUUCGUUCCCAGUAUCUCAAGCGUGGCGAUUUCAACGUGAUCGUCGUUGAUUGGGGAGCGGGUUCGAAACAUGCCUAUCCAGUCGUCAGAAGCCGAGUGAAAUCCGUCGGAAAGGUUAUCUCGAAAAUGAUCGACACACUCGUACGAGUUGUUCAGCUAUCGCUCAAUAACUUCAGCCUGAUAGGGCACAGCUUAGGAGCACACAUAGCCGGAGUAGUAGGCAAAUUGCAGAAUGGUCAUAUUGGUACCAUCAUUGGUAUGGAUCCUGCUGGCCCCGGUUUUUUAUUUGGAAAUUCUGAUACUCUGAACGCGAAUUGUGCUGAAUACGUAGAAGCUAUCCACACCAGCUCAGUUUUCGGACACCCUGAUAUUCUGGGUGAUGCGGACUUUUUCGUGAAUGGAGGAGAGUAUCAGCCCGGCUGUUUGCUCCCUGCGUAUUGUUCUCAUAUGAGGGUAAUUGAUUUGUUUACAGAGUCCAUAACGAGCCGCAAGGGCUUCUGGGGAAGAAGAUAUAGAUUAUUGGAUCAUAUGAGAGCUAGGAGUUCUCCUGUUGGGGCAGCCGCUCGAAUGGGCGGCGAACCGUCAAAUCAAGGGCUGGGGGUUAGAGGUAUAUUUCAUGUCGAAACCAGAAGUUCCUCUCCUUUUGCUUUGGGUAAAGCAAAGAGUUAGGGCAGCAAGAGCAAUGUUAAGCCGUAAUAUCGAGACGAGAGCGCGGUAGCGAAAGGUUGUUUUGAAGUGACCAUUGUCUUGAGAAGAUUUCAAGAUUGAAGGUGGAAAA